CCAGGCAGAUACUCGGUCAACCCAUAGCACAUAGAGUAUAGGCUACCUGCAUGUAAAUAUGCGUAUAAUUACUUUACCUGUGGACUGCGUUUUAUACUAAUGUUCAUGUAUUGCCAGGAAAAAAAAAAAAAAAAAACUUUUGACACUUAAGUGCAUUUACACCACAUCCUUACACUUUACACAAGCAUGACUGUUAGUUACUUUGCCGAGCGCCACAGCUGAUCAAGAGCAAACUGAACGUUGCACAAUAACCCGCGGAGGGGAAAAAGUUUUGGGGUUUUUUUUUUCUUCUCAAAUUUCCGAGGUGCUCGUGAACGCAUCGUGUCACACAGCACAGCGGCUGGAUGAGGACGUACGUACACAUCGACACAGAGCCUCCCCUCACAAAACUCUCCAGAGCCUCAGCCCUCAGUCCUCAGUGAGCUCUUGGCUCGGAGGGGCCCCGCCGGCCGACAGGAUGGGGGACAUCUGCGGACUUGCUACUUCACGGUUCGUUGGAGUUCUGAAACUUCCUCUGCGCGUCUUUUUGACAAGUUGAGGGCUGGAAUGAUAGGCAGGCUGCGCGCAGAGAGCAGCGGUUUUAUGUGCAGACAGUUUGGGACCUUGUGCGGGUUUGCAGGUGUGAAAAGAGAUGAGCUUUGUCCACGCGGAUUCACCGACGCUGCCGAUUUCUUGACAGAAACCCCCGACGGAGCUGUCAGUGGACCGGGUGCGUUCAGGGGGAGAGAAAGGGAAAAAGGAGCGGACACUAUGCGAAACCGAUUCCCAAGCGCCGCUGUCCCCCCUGAACAUGUGUACCGCGUUGCCCCCCGCACACACCGUCCCUAACCGCGCCCGGAGGUGCGGGUCCGGCUGAAAACAUGUUCAUCCUGCUGGUUCCGGUCACUUUAUUCCUCAGCUUCAUCAUCUCCCAGACGUGGAGCGUUCAGUUGUCGUGGGAGAACUGGAACGCGCGGCCGCGCAACCGCGGGAACGAGUUCGACAAGGCGAGCACGCAGCCCCACAUCGUCUUCAUCCUGGUGGACGACCAGGGCUUCCGCGAUGUCGGGUACCACGGCUCCGAGAUCAAAACCCCGACCCUGGACCGGCUGGCGGCUCAGGGUGUCAAGCUGGAGAAUUACUACGUGCAGCCGCUGUGCAGCCCGUCCAGGAGCCAGCUCAUGACCGGCAGGUAUCAGAUCCACACAGGCCUUCAGCACUCCAUCAUCCGAGCUACCCAGCCCAACUGCCUGCCCCUGGAAAAUGUCACCCUGCCCCUGAAGCUCAAACAAGCAGGGUACUCCACCCACAUGGUGGGCAAGUGGCACCUGGGCUUCUACAAGCGGGGCUGCAUGCCCACCCAGCGUGGCUUUGACACUUUCUUCGGCUCCCUGCUGGGAAGUGGGGACUACUACAGUCACUAUAAAUGUGAAGGCCCUGGCAUGUGUGGCUAUGACUUGUAUGAAGGGGAAGAAGCUGCUUGGGAGCAGGACCGUGGCAUGUACUCAACUGUAAUGUUUACUCGAAAGGCUAUCAACAUCUUAGCCAAUCACAACCCUCGCAGACAACCUUUGUUUCUCUACUUAGCCUACCAGGCGGUUCAUUCCCCGUUACAGGUUCCUGCUCGUUACCUCGAGCGCUACAAGGCCAUUCCAAAUGUGCAUCGUCGAAAAUAUGCAGCCAUGGUGUCCUGCCUGGAUGAAGCAAUCCACAACCUCACAUUAGCACUAAAACGCCACGGUUAUUAUGACAAUACAGUUAUAGUGUACUCCUCAGACAAUGGAGGCCAGCCAUUAGCAGGUGGAAGCAACUGGCCCUUGAGGGGAAGUAAAGCCACCUACUGGGAAGGUGGGAUUAGGGCGGUGGGCUUUGUUCACAGUCCCUUGUUGGUAAACAAAGGGACAAAAUGUCGAUCUUUGGUCCACAUCACUGACUGGUUCCCUACACUGGUGACCCUGGGUGAAGGGACUUUAGACGAAGAUCUAAAUCUGGAUGGAUACGAUGUCUGGGAGGCUAUCAGUGAAGGCCGCCCAUCUCCUCGCCAGGACAUUCUUCAUAACAUUGACCCAAUCUACAUCAAGGCCAAGAAUGGUUCCUGGAAGGCUGGGUACGGCUUAUGGAACACAGCAAUCCAGGCUGCGCUCCGGGUGGGCCACUGGAAGCUGCUGACAGGCGUCCCGGGCUACAGCGACUGGGUUCCCCCUCAGACCUUUUCCAACCAGCAUAUAAUCAACCGCUGGCAUAAUGAGCGUGUCCGUUGGGACCGGGGUAAGUCCAUCUGGCUGUUCAACAUCACAGCUGAUCCUUAUGAGAGAGUGGACUUGUCUCAGCGCUACCCUCAUAUAGUGAAGAAGAUGCUAAUGCGGUUAGCGCAGUAUAAUAAGACUGCAGUGCCAGUAAGAUACCCGGCUAAAGACCUGCGCUCCAACCCCCAGUACAAUGGGGGCGUGUGGGGACCCUGGUACAAAGACGAGAGAGAGGAGCAACUGGUGAAUGAGAGAUACGAUAACUUGUUCACCAACCAUCUUGGAAAAAGACGAUGGAAAAAGAAAUCAAAGAACAGAAAGCUGAAAAGGAAGGUAGAUGAGUAAACAUCAUUUGUGAAAGAAUUUUCUUGGUUCAUCUGAUAUCACCAUGUGUUUUUGUUCCUAGAACAUCGUAAAUCAUGGUGUUCCAGGACCGCCAUUGCAAUUGACCAGCCCGAUGUUGUGAUGCUUUGCGUCUCAUGUUGGUGUUGUUCCUGGAACGUCAUGAUUGAUGUUUUUUGGAAGACGUGGUUUGGGUUAAAUUAACCCCUUUCGACAAUGGUCAGUUGCAAUGAUGGUCCUAGAGCAAUGUAAAUUACAAUGUUCACGGAACAAUGCAAAAAAGACGAUAUCAGAUUGUUCCCUUUUCUCAGGGAUUGACACUUCCAAUUACAGGACUGUUUUCUACAGACAUUCUAACUCUUUUAAAGGUCCCAUAUUAAACUGUUUUUCAUCAAUUUCACACAGCUGUCAGAAGUCCACCAACACUGUAUUUGAUAUGCAUUGCCCCAAACCCAUCUAUGGUCCUGAAUUUCAGCUGUCUAUAAGUCGCUCAGGUGAGCUCUACUGAGAGCAGGCUGUUUCUGUGCCUGUACCGUUAAAUGCUAAUGAGCUCAGUCUGUCAACGCCUGCCUUACCUGCAACACGUCCCUCUCAGGAAGACAAUGCAUUUUAUGCUAACGGUAGCAUGUGCUAAUGUUACGGUGGAUGUAACGCUAUGGCUUGUGGAGAUGCUUCCAUUCAACCAUACCAGUUUGACCCAGAAUCGGACCCAGAAGGAGAGGCUCCUGAAGAAGUACAAACUCUGUGGCUGC